AGGUCGAUGGCGGCGCGGGUCCUUCAGGCAAGGGGCCGUGGUUUCCGCCUGCAGGGAUGGGGUUUUAGACCAGGCGGCUCUCCCCCAGCCAGGGCCGCACCGCAGAGCUCUAUAAUUUGUCUUAGAACCGGCCUCACCUGGAUCCUUCGGAGGGGCGUUUUGCUUUCUUCUUUUCCCCCCGGCGUGAACGGCGAGGAAAACAUAGUAUAGAUUAGGAGUAGAAAAACUUCCUGAAAGAAGAAAUUGUUCAAGAGAAAUAUGAAAAUAGCAAAAUAGAAGACAGAGAAUUGACAGCAAAUACAGAGGACAGCAUGGAAAUUUUACUUCAUUCAUUUAUUUAACAAAUUCAUUCGGCAAAACUUUCUUGAACACCUACUCUUGCUGGAUGUUGUCCUGGGCAACAGAACACAGCAGUGAACAGACAGACAGACUCUCCUGCCUACGUACAACCUCAGCUGAUGAUGUCUUCCUGUCUCAGCGUGUGUAGAGUUGGCAUCUCUUUUGUUAUGAUGAACAUUUUUUAUAAGUCAGCAGUAGACUCUCUACCAGAACUGAGUCCUCAGAAAUAUUUCAGUACAUUGCAACCAGGAAAAGCCUCCUUAGCUUAUUUUUGUCAAGCUGAUUCUCCAGGUACCUCUGUAUUUCUUGAAGAACUAAAUGAGGCUGUUAAACCUCUCCAGGACUAUGGAAUUUCAGUUGCAAAGGUUAAUUGUGUCAAAGAAGAAACAUCAAGAUACUGUGGAAAAGAAAAGGAUUUGAUGAAAGCAUAUUUAUUCAGGGGCAACAUAUUACUCAGAGAAUUCCCUACUGAUACCUUGUUUGAUGCAAAUGCCAUCGUUGCUCAUGUUCUUUUUGCUCUUCUUUUUAAUGAAGUAAAAUAUAUUACUACCCUGGAAGACCUUCAGAACAUAGAAAAUGCUCUGAAAGGAAAAGCAAACGUUGUGUUCUCAUAUGUAAGAGCCAUUGGAACACCAGAGCACAGAGCUGUCAUGGAAGCUGCUUUUGUGUAUGGGAACACACACCAAUUUGUCUUAACCACAGAAAUUGCCCUUUUGGAAAGUAUUGGCACCGAGGAUAUAGAAUAUGCACAUCUCUACUUUUUUCAUUGUAAAGCAGUCUUGGACUUGACCCAGCAGUGUAGAAGAACACUAAUGGAACGGCCAUUGACUACACUGAACAUUCAUCGAUUUAUUAAGACAAUGGAAGCACCUUUGCUGACUGAAGUUGCUGAAGAUCCUCAACAAGUUUCAACUGUUCAUCUCCAGCUGGGAUUACCAUUGGUUUUUAUUGUUAGUCAACAAGCUACAUAUGAAGCUGAUAGAGGAACUGCAGAAUGGGUUGCUUGGCGUCUUCUGGGAAAAGCAGGCGUUCUACUCUUGUUAAGGGACUCUUUGGAAGUGGAUAUUCCUCAGCAUGCUAAUGUGGUCUUCAAAAGAGAAGAGGGAGUGCCAGUGGAAUUUUUGGUGUUACAUGAUAUUGAUUUAAUAAUAUCCCGUGUGGAAAAUAAUAUGCACAUUGAGGAAGUACGAGAAGAUGAAGACAAUGACAUGGAAGGUCCAGAUAUAGAUAUUCAAGAUGAUGAAGUGGCAGAAACAAUUUACAGAGAUAGGAAGAGACAGUUACCUUUGGAACUCACAGUGGAACUUACAGAAGAGACAUUUAAUGCAACAGUAAUGGCUUCUGACAGCAUAGUGCUUUUCUAUGCUGGUUGGCAAGCAGUAUCCAUGGCAUUUCUGCAAUCCUAUAUCGAUGUGGCUAUUAAAUUGAAAGGCACACCCACUAUGCUGCUUACUAGAGUAAACUGUGCAGAUUGGUCUGGUGUAUGCACCAAGCAAAAUGUUACCCAAUUUCCUGUUGUAAAGAUGUACAAGGAAGGCAGGAACCCAGUAUCUUAUGCUGGUAUGUUAGGAACUGAAGAUCUCCUAAAAUUUAUCCAGCUCAAUAGGAUUUCAUGUCCAGUGAACAUAACAUCUGUCCAAGAAGCAGAAGAAUAUUUAAGCGGGGAAUUAUAUAAAGACCUGAUCUCCUAUUCUAGUGUGUCAGUACUAGGACUAUUUAGUCCAACUAUGACAUCAGCAAAAGAAGAUUUCACUGAAGCAGGAAAUUACCUAAAAGGAUGUGUUAUCACUGGAAUUUAUUCUGAAGAAGAUGUUUUGAUAUUGUCAAAUAAAUAUGCUGCAACUCUUCCAGCCCUGCUGCUUGCCAGACACAAAGAAGGUAAAACAGAGAGCAUUCCGUUAGCUAACACCCACGUGCAAGACAUAGUUCAAAUAAUAACAAAUGCAUUCCUGGAAACAUUUCCAGAAAUCACUGUGGAAAAUCUUCCCAUUUAUUUAAGACUUCAGAAACCAUUACUUAUUUUAUUCAGUGAUGGCAGCAUAAUUCCUCGGUAUAAAAAAACAAUAUUGACGCUGGUAAAGGAGAAACACUUGGAUUCUCUUACCCCUUGCUGGUUAAAUCUGUUGUUUCCAUGUCUUGGCUAUUGUGAAUAAUGCUGCAAUGGAGAUGGGAGUGCAGAUAGCUCUUCAAUAUCCUGUUUUAAUUUCCUUUACAUGCAUACCCAGAACUAGGAUAGCUGGAUCAUAUGGUAGUUCUAUUUUUAAUGUUUUAAGGAACCUCCAUACUGUUUUCCACAAUGGCUGCACCAAUUUACAUUCCCACCAACAAUGCACAGGGUUCCCUUUUCUCCACAACCUCACCAACACUUGCUAUCUCUUGUCUUUUUGAUAAUAGCCAUCUAAAAGGUGUGAAGUGAUAUGGUGGUUUUGAUUUGCAUUUCCCUGAUGAUAAGUGAUGUUGAGCAUCUUUUCAUGUACUUUUUGGCCAUUUUUAUGUCUUCUUUGCAAAAUGUCUAUUUAGUUCCUCUGCCCAUUUUUAAAUUGUUUUUUUUUUUUUAACUAUUGAGUUAUGUGAAUUAUUUUGGAUAGUAACCCCUUAUUAAAUGUAUGACUUGCAAAUAUUUUCUCCCAUUCCAUGGGUUGCCUUUUUAUUUUGUUGAUGCUUUCCUUUGCUGUGCAGAAGCUUUUUAGUUUGAUGUAGUCCCACUUGUUUAUUUUUGCUUUUGUUAGUUUUGCUUUUGCUGUCAUACUAUAAAUUUUUUAAAGUAAUAAUUUUUCAGAUUUUAAAAGUAAUUGAUGUUCAUUGAGGAAAACUUGACAAAUACAGAAAAAUAAACAUUGUGAUAUUUUGACAUUUUUCCUUCAGGUCCUUUUUCUGUACUUCUGUAUUUUUAAAAUGCAGCCUAAAAUGUUACAGAAAGUUUUCAGUGCAUUCAUCAACAGUAUUUCCUGGUAUGUUUUCUAGAUGUUUGGCUUGUGUUACGUUUAAUGUCUAUGAACACAGUUCACAUAUAUACACACUAUCCAUUGUUCAAAUUAGUCAGAAGAAAGACAUUUUAUUUUUAACUCAUUUGGAAAAAAUACAAGAAUGACGCAGUGUACAUUUUUGCUGUGAAGAGUUCACUAACAGUACAACCCACUGCUUGAGACAAAAUUUUCCCAGGUAAUUAUCCUUGUAGGUAUCUCGGGGUAAAAUGGUAUUUUCCCUAAUGUGGAAUGUUCUGUAUUAGGAAAACUAGGCAUGUUAAACUUAUGGUUUCCUUGUAUGAACACAAUUUUUAAAAAUCUUUUUAAUUUGAAAUUAAUCCCUUCUUUUUUCCUGAGAAAAGACACAAUUUUGUUUGGAAAAGAAGUAUUUAUUAUAGGUAUCUUGUUAUUUUAUAGUUUGUAACCAUUUAAUUUUUGAGCUCACAUGAUCAGAUACUUGACUAAACUUGGGAAGGAACUUAUUGAUUGUAGUAGGCCGAAAUUGACAAGCCUUUGGACUAUACCUGUUUUUCAUUAAAACUUGCAUUGACUGCCUCUUUUUCUCCUAAGAGAAACACAGUGCCCCAUGUUAAAAGAAACUUUUCAAUACUGUGAUUACUGAUAACAUAGUUAUAUAGAUCUCUUGGUUUUUAGGACAGCUCUUCAUAAAAUAAACUUAUUGGCGUGAUACUAUAUUUAAAGGUUAAUGUUCUACAAACUGUUGCUUUCAUUAUUUUGUUGUAGAAAGAAAUAUUAAUUAACAUGUUGAAUCGCUCCC